AUGUACAUUUAUUUGAAACCUAGGAACCCAAAUAAUGUUGAAUGCAAUAUUUUUCCUGCAUUGACCUAUAGCCGUGAAUGCAGAUACGAUAAUAAUGGUGGCUCAUGUGGCGAUGUCGAAUAAUAGUUUGAUACUAAUACAGGAAUAUUAACCCUAAAUCAAUACUAUAUUAGGCCAAUGGAGUUCAGGAUUAAAGCUUUUUACAACUCAGAAUAAAAAUCAUAGACAAAUAAAUUUGUAAUAAAUAUCCAAACUUUUUCUGGCUGUUUAGCUGGCACAACCACACCUUCAGCAAUGAUAAAUUUGCCUUGCUCUGAAGGAUUAACUUUAGUACCAUAAAUACAAUAACCCGUUUUAAAUCAAUAUUAUACUGCUUAGAGUGGGGGUUAAGUAUCUUUAAAUGAUUUUUAAUGGUCUGAUGGGCUUAAUAACUCCAUCUGCAAUAGAAAGAUUUUACUUUAAGAAGGUAGUCUUCUAACUAUGAGCUUUGCAUCUCCAAGAUAUUCAUUCACGUUCAAUAAUAUAGGUGCAGUAUUACAGCCAAUAUAAUAUACUGAGCUACCUUAAUUAAAAGAUGAUUAAGAUGAUGAAAUUAGUGUGUAAAUUCUUGAUUCACUAAGUUUUAUAAACUUCAAUUAAAAUUUGAAAAAAAUAGUCUUUACUCCAUCAAAUUCCAAUGUUGGAACAUAUUAGUUCAGAAUUCAACUUAAAGAUGAUAAUAUAAUACCAUUAAAAAAUAUGUACAACAUGGAAGUAAAGAGAAUACAACCACCUAUAGAUAACAUUUUUGAGUUAAGAAAGUUUUAAAUCUCUUGA